AUGGAUAUAAAAUCAAGUUUUAAAUGCCUGUACAAAAAUUUAUUCAAAAACAUCAUAAGUUCUUAUUUGUUUUAUGCUUUAUUUUCCAACUUAGGUGAAGCAUUAUGUGAUUUUUGGAUAUGUUCCGAUGUAUUAUGUUGUACAGCAUCAAUACUUCAUUUAGUUGGCAUUGCAUUAGAUCGUUAUUGGGCUGUAACAAAUGCAGAAUAUAUUCGUCGUAGAACAGGUCGUCGUAUAGGUAUUAUGAUUGGGAUAUUUUGGUUUUUAUCUGUACUCAUUUCAAUACCGGCAAGAUUUCACACUACCAGAUCAUUUAAUUACGGUGGCUAUUCAUCUGUGGUAGAUUUAAAUGAACCGCCAAAUUGUCGAAUUAAUCAAGAACAUGGUUAUACAGUAUUUUCAAAUAUUGGUGCAUUCUAUAUGCCAAUGAUAUUUAUCAUAGGCAUAUAUGCAAGAAUUUAUCAAGUGGCUAGAGCACGUAUUAGACGUUCAGCAUUUAAACAAUCAGGUACAACUAGUUUAUGUAUGAAACAAUGGAAACAAUCACAGUCCAAACAACAUCAACAAUCACAAUCACAACCACAACAUCAGAAUUCAUUUAAACAACAUUUCAAUACAUAUUGGUGUUUUCAAUGUCGUAAUUAUAAAGAUAGGCAUUCGGUUAAAUUAAUUCAGUCUACAAAUAAUCCACGUUCAGAGAGUAAUAUUAAUCCGGAGAAUCCAUCAUCUUCACAUGUAGCCGAUACUGAUUGUACAAUGAUUGGACGGAAAACAACUUCACUUACCGACAUACCAAUCAUUGCAAUAAUGAAUAAUAAUACUGAUAAUAAUAAUAGUACUCAUUAUAAUAGUAGUAAUAUUCUUAUGAAUCGAUUCAACAAUAUCAGAGCAUCUAUACCGUAUGCAGAUGAUGUGGAAAACAAACCAUCAGACAAUCAUCAUUCUAAUGAUAAAAUUAAUAUGAAUGAGAAUAAUUUUUAUUAUACAAAACCUAAUUUCAUACAAUAUUGUGAAAGAAAACCUCCAAUCAAUAAAGAUGACAAAUUGAUUACAUAUGAUGAUAAAUCAUGUCAAUGUAAACAUUAUAUAAAAUUAAAUCAUAAAGAAAUUAAAAAAUCUAAAUCAUUUUAUCAUCGUAAUUAUACAUUGAAAUUGGAUUCACAUGAACAUAGAUUAAUUUGUCCGCAUAGAAAUUCAGCGCCACCAAUUCUUGUACAUUUAACUACUAAUAAUAAUAAUUCUAGUACAUUUUUUUCGGAAUUAACAAAUUCCAAUUCACAACAAUUAACGGAAUCAUCAACAGAACAUACAAAUUCAAUUAUAUGGUCAUCAUCUUCAUCUCCAUUACCAUCUACAACCCCUUCAUCGUCGUCAUUUUCAGAAUCUUCAUCUUUUCUAGCAGAUAAUCAUUAUCAUUAUUCACGACAUCAUCGUCAUCAUCAACAUCAUAAACAUCAACGUAAUCAUCAUUUACAUCCUCAUUCUCAUCCUCAUCCUCAUGCUCAUCAUCAUCAUCAUCAUUUCCACAGACGACUUCAUCCAUCUUCUAGUGUAAAUCGUAAAAGAAAUGAACUUAAAAAGUCAACAAAAGAUCAAAAUCAAAAUUUAGAUGGAUUGAAAAUUUUUCAACGUUGUUGUUGUGCUUGUUACGGUUGUUGUAGUGGUUGUGGUGGGUCACCGUCUCCUUCUUCUGGUUCUUCACAGCAUCAUCAUCAUCAUCAUCAUAAUCAUCAUCAAUUGAAUAAAACAAAUUUACUACCAGAUGAAAAUUCAACAGUCAAUAUUCGAAAAUAUUGUUGUUUGAAUGAACAGAAAAAUUAUACUGCACCAAGUAAGAAUAAUAAUAAUAAUAAUAACAAUAAUAAUGACAAUUGUGGAAUGUAUUUAGAUUCAUUAAAUCAAAAUCUAAAGUAUUCACAUGCAUAUCAUAAACAGGAUACAAUUACACCCACUAUCACUGAGCCUCCUCCUCCUCCUACUAGUACUACUACUAACAACAAUAAUAGUAGUAUUAAAAAACACGUGAAAACAGGGAAUCAUGUAUCAUUGAAACUAGCAAAGAAACAGUUGAAUUUACGAAAGAACUUAUGUCAUAUGUUUAAUUUACAUAAGAAUAAAACCAGUAAUAACAAUAAUAAUGAUAGUGUUUAUAGUAAUAAACAUAUCUUAUUAACUCAAUCCACAUCAAAUUUAACAUCUCAAAUCCAUUCAAAUUUAUCCACAAUGAAUACACCAACUGUAACUAAAGAAUUACAACUACAAUCACAUAGAACAACAACAACAACCACAACAUUAACUACACCAAUAAAUUUACAAGAUGAAACUACAAUCACCUCAAAUUUCAUAUCAGUACAACAACAAACUCAAGUGAAUCGUGAACGAUUGGAAGCAAAACGUGAACGUAAAGCAAUUUUAACAUUAGCCAUUAUAACUGGUUGUUUCUUGUUGUGUUGGUUGCCAUUUUUUAUUGUUGCCUUAAUUUCACCAUUUACUGAAAAUUUUACAAUAACUAAAUUUGGACAAAGUAUGAUAUUAUGGUUAGGUUAUUCGAAUUCAUUAUUAAAUCCUAUUAUUUAUACAAUCUUUUCACCGGAUUUUCGUAAUGCUUUUAGAAAAAUUCUAUUUGGACGAUAUAAUCUACGGUCUUUAUCACGAUAA